UUGAAGCCCAUAUACUCUCCUCUGCGAUCUGGUGUUUCUCUUUCUUUCGCUCCUUUUCGAAGACACUCUCACCUGCCAAACCGAACAGGAGCAUCGAGCUCGAACGCGAUGAGUAAGCUGCAGAGCGAUGUCCUCAGGGAGGCCAUCACCCAGGUGGUGACCGAGGCUAAGGAGAAGAACCGCAAGUUCACAGAAACUGUGGAAUUGCAGAUCGGUCUCAAGAACUACGACCCGCAAAAAGACAAGCGUUUCAGCGGAUCUGUUAAGUUGCCCCAUGUUCCCAGACCGAAGAUGAAGGUGUGCAUGCUCGGAGACGCCCAGCACGUCGAGGAAGCCGAGAAGAUGGGUCUCGACUACAUGGACAUCGAAUCUUUGAAGAAGAUGAACAAGAACAAGAAGCUCGUGAAGAAGCUGGCUAAGAAGUACCACGCCUUUCUUGCUUCAGAGGCUGUCAUUAAGCAGAUCCCCCGUCUUUUGGGUCCAGGUUUGAACAAGGCUGGAAAGUUUCCUGCCCUUGUUUCCCAUCAAGAGUCUCUAGAAGCUAAGGUGAACGAGACCAAGGCCAUGGUUAAGUUCCAAUUGAAGAAGGUGCUCUGUAUGGGAGUUGCUGUCGGAAAUUGCGAAAUGGAGGAGAAGCAGAUCUUCCAGAACACUCAAUUGAGUGUUAACUUCCUUGUCUCUUUGCUGAAGAAGAACUGGCAAAACGUAAGAGUCUUGUACCUCAAGACAUCCAUGGGAAAGCCAGUCCGAAUCUACUAGUGCUGCUGAGUAAUUUUUUGGUUCUCAAGCCAAUUAUCAGGGUGACCGCCCUUGGGUUUCUACCCUAAAUGCUCAAAUUAAUGAAAUUUUACCAUUUCAUAGCAUCUGUGAAUCAAAAAUUGUAGCGCAACUUUCCAAUUCUUCCGCGCAAGCAUGAAAUGAAUAUUGUAUGCACCUGCCUUUAGCACACCUGUCUACAAACCUAUCCGUGUCACCUGAAAGUCCUGAGAUUGCUUCUAAAGGGCUCAGCUUGAGUGAGAAACAGAUUAUAGCUUAUAGUUUAUAUUGUUACAAAAUCUGAGAGUUGUGAGAAUAAAUUGUGAGUACGUGACUGGAUAUUAUGUUUAAAUGGAUUUUG